UCCGUCCUAGCCGUGACCGUGGACUAAAAAAGUCAAAUGGACCUUCGUCGGUAUUAGUAUGGCAUCUUAAAGCCCUAAGAAAAAAAAUAUACAGCUUUUGGUCCCGUGGAGGAGAGUUAGAGAUUGAGAAAAAAGAGAAUGGAAGCAGCCGGCUGGCUUGGAGGAAGUGGACCAUGCGUUUCUGCGUCAUCCACUCUUCGCUUAUCGACGGAGAGAAGUUUCAGAAGCAGCGGCAAUAGCUUACCCUGCUUACCCUGCAAGAAGAUUAGCGUAUGCACCGGCCAACUGGCUGCAUUCCGUUCGCCAUUCCACCUUUUCUCAUAUUCCCCUUCUCGUCCUUCUUAUGCUAAACCCCGCAAGGCCACCAAAACCCACAUCUUCCUUCCUCAUUUGGUCGCUUCCAUGGAAGUUGAAGAGACUUAUAUUAUGGUCAAGCCUGAUGGCAUCCAGCGGGGACUUGUUGGAGAAAUAAUAUCAAGAUUUGAGAAGAAAGGAUUUAAACUGACAGGCCUGAAGCUCUUCCAAUGUCCUCAAGAAUUGGCAGAGGAACAUUAUAAGGAUCUCAAGACUAGGCCUUUCUUCCCUAAACUGAUUAAUUACAUAACUUCAGGUCCUGUUGUGUGUAUGGCUUGGGAAGGUGUUGGUGCUGUAGCAUCAGCACGUAAGUUGAUAGGGUCAACAGAUCCUCUUCAAGCUGAACCAGGCACAAUAAGAGGGGAUCUUGCUGUUCAAACUGGAAGGAAUGUGGUCCAUGGCAGUGACAGCCCUGAGAAUGGAAAACGUGAAAUAGCACUUUGGUUUAAGGAAGGUGAAUUAUGUCAGUGGUCACCAGCUCAAGCAACUUGGCUAAGGGAGUGAUUUUCACAGAGCACUUCAGUUGGAGAGGCAUGCAGUUUUCAAGAGUUUUCCUCUGAGCAGCUGUAUUUAUUUAUUUUUCUCAAUUUGGAAUAAUUCUAUCUCAGUGCAUGAAGAUUCAAUGUGAAACAUGUGAGAAAAUUCAGAUCA